GGAGUUGGCAAGGCGCCACAUUCAGAAAAGAAAGAACGUGACAUAUAAACGGCGAGAAAGGAAGUUUAAUGUUUAAAUCUAAGAAGAAAUAGCCAUAAACAAAGAAAAAAUCGGGCGAUCCAUCGUCUGGUUCUUUACGCAACAGAACACAGUCAUCUUCGCCACAUGGGAGGACAUUCAACAGAUGAUCUUCAUUAUUCGAGGUGGCGGGAUCUAUCUUCGUGAACCCUUGAGCAGAAAUUCGAAGCGAACUAAUGCUCCCAACGCUGCUCCAGAUAGAAUGCAACAGACAUUUAUCUUCAACUAAAUGCACGUCAGAGCGCCAUUCAGGUGAAGACAAAUCUCCAUUAGAGGAGAGAAUUGAGUCUACAGAGCCGGCGGGACCGGAAUCAUCAUGGGUAGAAGGCGAGGAAUGAAUUUCAAUUAUAGAGGGGGCGACAACUUCCUCCUCCGUGGAGGGUGAAGAAAGUUCUAGGGAAGAAAGGCUAGCGUUUGGUAAAGACAUGCGAGGCAGUUUCAUAAAAAGAAGAUGAACAGAGUUAAAAGUAAAAAGAAGAUGAACAGAGUUAAAAGAAGAAAGAAGAUGAACAGAGUCAGAGAAAAAAGAAGUAAACGAAGAGUCUCAAGAAAGAGAAAAACUAACCAGAGGGAGAACCGUGAAUUUGAGAAAGGAGAACGUCGGCGAUAGGGGAGCACCGCGCAAUGACGACGGCCGGAGGAAGAAAAGGUUCACCGGAGUUCAAAGAAGAGAAUGAAAGCUGCGGUGAAAAGGGUUUUCAGAGCAAAAGUUUUAAGAAAGUGAAAAAUGAAAAGUGAAAAGGGGAUUUUAUAGAGAGAAAGGAAGAGAGAGAAUGAGUGGGGGAAGAUCGUGGGAUCGUGGGAUUUGAAAUUCGAAAAGUUAGGAAGCGAAAAGACAUUACUCCUCGAGACGCGCAACUGAAGAUUGCAUUUUGAUGACGAAAUCCCGGAAAAUAAGGAUACGUGCGUCAGUUGAAAAGACGUGGUUGACGGUUAUGAUUAAUGGCGACAUAUCUUUGAAACGGCAACAAAGGUGGCGAAGCGUGAAAAUGGCGAUGUAACAACGAAGGUAAAAUGGCGAUGAACGAAUAAACAAUAGAGGCGAACUACUAGGUAACAUGAUGAAGACAUUUCAACUCUUUACUCGAGUCUCAUGUCUUGGGGGCAUGUGGACUGGGCGGGACAUAAAGAAGAUUAUGUCCCGCCCAAAAUGAACAAUAAACCAUUGACGAUAGCCAAGGCGGGAAAGGCAACAUGACGAGCUUCAUUGCCCUCCCUUAGGUGAUGGAUCCACAGGCCAGCUGGAAGAUUCCUUUGGAUUUGUCUUAUGUGUACGGGGAUUUGGGCCCUGAUUGUCAGGCCCAAAUAUAGGAAAGAUCCAUAUCAUGACCACCCCCUCUAUAAAAGGGGAGGUCAUCCACUUGUACGAAACCAACUUUUUCAGCAUUAAUGAGAAUAUUCCUUUUAUGGUAGUUUUGCUAUUUUAGUGCUCUGCUAGGGUUUACUUUUUGUCUUUCUCUUACAUAAGCUUGCCCUAGUACAGAACAGGGACAUUACAUUUGCUCUGUCAUUAAUUUUGUGUAAGACACAUUUAUCCCAUUGCUAUUAUAUAUAAUCCUAAGUGCUUCAAAAACAGGUUAAUUAUAGUCCAAAUCUCAUACUUCCACAGAGUCAGGGGACAUACAUUGCAUUAGAAAUGAGAAGGUUGGGUUCAAGUUGUUAUAGUUAUUCAGGAUUCAUUCAACUUCCCCUUCUUUUAUUAUUCCACACUUGUUUUGAGCUUUCAACUUGUGGCAAAAUAGUGCAAUUCCUUCCUGGAUUUGAGGGACCCCUUCCUUUUGUGCUUGAAACCGGGUCAGUUUUAUGCUUACACUUAAUCUGUUUUUUUUUAAUCAAAUCAAUGGAGGAUCAAGGUAUGUGGGAGUGGGUGAAGGAAAGAAUGUGCAGGCUUUUUACUACUUCAUUGAGUCAGAAAACAACCCAAAGGAGGAUCCUCUCAUGCUUUGGCUAACCGGUGGUCCUGGUUGCUCUUGUUUGAAUGUUCUUAUGUUUGAAAUUGGUCCAUUUGCAAUUAAAAAAGAAGAAUAUAAUGGUAGCCGGCCUAAUUUGGUCCUCAAUCCACACUCAUGGACAAAGGUUAGUAGCAUUAUUUUUGUAGAUUUACCAGUUUCCACGGGUUUCACUUAUGCUAAAACAAAGUCCGCUUCUCAACGAGGCGACUGGUUACUAGUUCGCCAAACACAUCAAUUUCUUAGGAAGUGGUUGAUUGAUCAUCCAGAAUUUCUGUCAAAUGAAGUUUAUAUUGGUGGUGAUUCCUACUCUGGCAUUCCUAUUCCAGUAAUUGUUCAAGAAAUUUCACAAGGAAAUGAAAAGGGCCUCCAACCAUGGAUAAAUCUCCAGGGUUACCUCCUCUGGAAUGCCUAUACAACUGAAAGGGAUACAAACUACCGAAUCCCCUUUUCUCAUGGAAUGGGACUUAUUUCUGAUGAAUUAUAUGAGUCACUACAAAAAAACUGUAAGCGGGAAUAUGUAAAUGUAGACCCCAGAGAUGUGAACUCAUUCAUGGAGGUUACAUCAGGACUUGAUCAAUUCUAUAUUUUGGACCCGGCAUGUGAUUGGGAUUGGAUUAUUGAUGAUGUAGUUUCUUGGAGGAAAUAUCUAAUUAAUAAAUAUCCAACAAAGUUCAUCAAUACUAGUCUCAAAUUUUCACCCUUAUAUUGUCGGAAUUAUGUAUACUUCCUUGGUGAUUAUUGGGCCAAUGAUGAUAAUGUUCGCAAAGCACUACACAUACGUAAGGGAAGUAUUGGGAAAUGGCAUCGUUGUAGCUUCAAUGUACCUUACAAGAAGGAAAUCAAUAGUAGUUUUGAGUAUCAUGUAAAUCUGAGCAAAAAAGGCUAUCGUUCCCUGAUAUAUAGUGGCGACCAUGACAUGGUUGUUCCAUUUUUGGCGACUCAAGCGUGGAUACGAUAUUUAAACUACUCUAUUGUGAAUGAUUGGAGGCCAUGGCAUGCAAAUGGUCAAGUAGCAGGAUUCACAAGAACUUACUCUAAUCGGAUGACAUUUGCAACCGUGAAGGGUGGAGGCCACACGGUUCCUGAAUACAAGCCAGAAGAAUGCUUUGUCAUGUACAGUAGGUGGAUAUCAAACAUGACUUUGUAGGACACAACCAAAGAAGUUCAUCACCAAACUUGCCACGGAGUAAAAUUUGUAUCCAUUUCCAUAACCAUCACUGUGUAUACUAUUCACCUAAUAAAUUGAUUGUCUAUCAAAAAAAACUAUUCACCUAAUAAAU